CUAACAAAAUUUCUUCAAUGGCUUCCAUUCAAAUUCAAGAAUCACAACCUCCCACCACUACUUCAAUAUUGAUAGAAAACAUUGAAGUUUCAAUACAAAAUCUCAUCAAAAGCUGGAAGAGAAGGCAGAAAUUGCAGCUCUUCUUUAAUUCCACUGAAGAACAAGAAAGAGCACCAUGGAGAAACCACUUGACCAGCUUCCUAGAAUCAGCCCCGGUUCGUGUGGUCGCUAUCUUGCUGCUUCUCAUUGAUCUACUUCUCACUGUCCUUGAACUUUCUUCCUCUCUACUUUCGUGUACGCCCACGAAGCACGAUAUAGAAGAAGUUUGGUACCAUUGGAUUGGGAUUGCAAUCUUGAGCCUGCUAUGUGUGAAGACAUUGGCUCUGGCAUUGGGGCUGGGCAGCUCAUUUUUCAGGCGGCCGGGUUAUGUCAUCGAUGGUGUGGUGUUGACGGUGGCGCUGCUUUUGGAAUCCUUUUUGCAGAAGAAGGGAGGAGGGUUGCUUGUAGUGGUGAGCUUGUGGCGUGUGGUUAGGGUUGUGGAGACCGCGUUCGAGUUAAGUGAUGAGGCCAUUGAAGCACAGAUUGAAGGGAUUGUAUGCCAGUUAGAUGCACUCAAAGAGGAAAACAGAAGGCUGUUGCUGACUAUAGAUGAGAAAGACGACAUAAUACAGAGGCUACAAGAAGAGUUGGAUCAAUUUAGACAUGCUUAAUGUUAAAACGAAUUUUAAGAAUAUGUGUGCCCAUUAAGCCUAUUAUUUCUGUCUCAGGCAUUUAACUUUGUUACCAAUAAUUAUAGCCCAACAAAUUCCAUUAAUUUUAGGUAA